CUGGAUCAAAGCAAACACACCGUAUUCCCGCUAGAUAUCUCGCUAAGCAAGAGCUUUUUAAUAAUAAUCGCCAUGGCGCCAUGUUACCUCCUGCGCGUCCGGCGGUAGGGCUGCGAGUUGAUUAUAUAAUCGGUGCAUGCCACCCCCUCGUUUAUUCUUCCAGCUCCCGGCCAGCAUCCAUUCCCAGCCUCUCGAGAUCCAAGAAGUCCCGCACUAGCGGCGUACGGUGCCGUGUGUGUGUAGUAAGUAGGUACGUACGUGAUGGGCGACGACGGCGCCAAGGCGGCCACCACGACGAUCGUGCGGCUGCGGGAGCUGCUGCACAAGUGGGCCCUCGGCGCCAGGGGCGACGCCGACGACGGCGAGGAGGGGGAGGGGGAGGAGACGCACGCGCCGGCGGCGGGGGCGGGAGCGGGAGCGGGAGGUGCGCCGCCGUCGAUCCCGCCGUUCGUGCUGCGGCGGCUGACGAGGACGGUGACGGUGGACUCGGACGACGAGGGCUGCCACAGCCCGGAGGCGGCGCCGGACGUGCCGAGGGGUUACUGCCCUGUGUACGUGGGGCCGGAGCAGCGGCGGUUCGUGAUCCCGACCGGCUACCUGGGGCACCCCGUGUUCCGGCUCCUCCUGGAGAAGGCCGAGGAGGAGUUCGGGUUCCGGCACGAGGGCGCGCUGGCCAUCCCCUGCGACACCGAGGCCUUCAAGUACAUCCUCCAGUGCGUCGAGCGCCACGACAAGGGCCUCGCCGCCGACGACGUCGACGUCGACGAAGGGAACCUGCGCAGUGUGCUAGAGCCAGCGUCGUCAGUUCAUCAUGUUUCGUAGAUAGUGUGUGUAAUGAUGUAAUUUCUGUCUCUUUUUCUAAGGAAAGACCUAAAUAUAGGAUCAAGAAUUAAAUUGAUCCGUCAAAGUAGUUUGGGUGUAACUGGUUGUGAUCUAAGUAUGUUAGUACAGUUUGUAAUGGUAAUUGUUCUGGCUUUGCUG